CAAUAAACAAACAAUUUACACCUAAAAUGUCCGCUCUGUUGUGUUUGGUAAUCACAUUGCUGGCAUUGAGCGUCGCAUUGGCCAGUGCCACCAGGGCCAAGAUCCCAGAGUUUAUCAAGAGCAUGAAAUGUGCCGACUGCAGCAUGAACAAGGAUUGCGAUAUUAAGACCACGGGAUUCUAUUGCCCACUCGAUGUGGACAGGGUCGAGAUUCACUACAAUCCGGAUGGUAAUAUAUCGACGGGCCUGGGAUACUUGGCCGAUUGCAUGGCCCCGCACUAUUAUUUUUACAACAAAAAGUCAAUUUCACACAUUUGCUGCUUCUGGUCGCCCGUUAUUGGCUGUCGGCAGGUCAGGAACUUGGGGGCACAGAAGGCGCCAUGCGAUACAUGCGCCAAUUGGCAUUGGAGUCCCAACCUUCACCACGUGGGCUGUCCGUGCCAAGAAAAAGAAGGAACCAAGAGGAAAAAGAAGAAGGGCAAGGGCAGGAGCACAAAACUCACGCAUUGCGGCAUCGUUUCCAUGAUUCUCAUCCAUUUGGUGCAGCAAAUACUUGCCACCAAUUGAUGCCACCAACUAUUCUACUCAACCAAACACACGCACUGACACCUCUCACAUCUCACACAUGGAAUAUGUUCCUUGAGAGUUCUGUGCACUCCAUUCUGAAGCUACAACUGACACGCGAUUGCUGGUUCAUUACACGCUACAAA